AUGAUAGCAGAAGGCAGCACGGCAGUGUUGCGACUAUUUCCCAACGGUGGAUGGGACGUUCAUCAUCACAUUUUCGAACCUGAGAGAUUUCCUUACUCCCCAGACCGACAUUUAACACCACCUCCCGCAACAAUCAAACGCUACAAUGACUUCAAGCGACAAAUCGGAAUUACCAAUUCCGUCCUCACCCAUGGCCUUUCAUAUGGAUCCGACUGCAGUUGCCUGACAACUUUCACGACAGAUCUAGGUCCAGAUAUCACUCGAGCCAUUGGAGUCAUUGAUCCAGAAACUGUCACUCCCUCUCAGCUCAAAGAGAUGCACAACGCAGGCGUCCGUGGUAUUCGGGUAAAUCUAUAUCAUUACAAUGCGAUGCACGAUCUGGAAUUGCAAAAGGUGGCUUUGCGAGCGCAUGCAAGUGCACUGGAAAGUUCAUGCGCAGGUUGGAGCAUGGCUUUCACGCAUGUUCACCCGGAGUUUUGGCCUGACCUUAAGCCUGUUAUCAUAAAUGACAUUGUUCCAAAGGGAAUUCGGCUCGUCACUGAUCAUUUCGCUCUGCUCAAGGGUGCGAGUAUGCUUCCAGCUGAGUGUCAAGGUGAUAUUACAAAGCAGCCAGGAUUUGAGGCUCUGAUUGAGUUGAUCCGGGAUGGUCAUCUGUUCGUCAAGAUCAGUGCGCCAUAUCGCGUGAGUAAGAAUGCACCGGACUUUGCGGAUGUAAAGCCUCUGGUUCGUGCGUUCUUUGAUGCUAACCCACAACAAGUUCUGUGGGGAAGUGAUUGGUAA